GCCUAUUUCUAUCAACAAAAAACCUUCAAAAUGCCAGAAAAUGAUUAUGACGAGGAGGAGGCGCCAAACGCCACGAUGGAAACAAAGGUAGCUUCAGGUGGACAGCCAAAACGUGUUGGAAAAUGGACGUUGUCUCAACUUCGCCAGACUGAUGGUAUAAUUCCAUCCCAGGCCGGUUGGAACAAGGGAGACUCCCAAAAGUUGAUGACCAAUUUUGGUACUCCACGUAACACAACAACCAAAAUUCGUGCUGAAUGCCUUGCUGAUGUGCCUGAAGAAAUUGCUCUUAAAAGUCACGGUGAAGUACGUCUCCAAUCUGGUACUAACCGUUUUGCUUCGCAGAAGGGAAUGGUUGGAUUCGGUACUGGCCGUGACGUAUGCAGAGAAGGAGUGUUUGUGAGUCAAGACCCAGCCGAUUUGGAGCCCCUCCCAGAAGAGAAAAUCCGUGCUAGCGAUGGAAUUGUUCGUCUCCAAUCCGGUACCAACAAAUUCGACUCACAAAAGGGAAUGGUCAGCUUCGGUACAAACCGACGCGAAACUACAAGAAUGAAAGACACCAAACAUCCGGAAUACAACCACGAAGUCAACAUUGACCAAAGCGAAAUUCCUUUGCAAUCUGGUACAAACAAAUUCGCCUCACAAAAGGGAAUGACCAGCUUCGGUACAAACCGUCGUGAAACUACAAAAAUGUUGGACACUGCUCACCCAGAAUACAGUCACGAAAGCAGCAUCGAUCAAACGAGCAUUCCUUACCAAAUGGGAUCAAAUCGUUAUGCUUCACAAAAGGGAAUGACUUGCUUUGGACAGCCACGUUGGGAGGUGCUUGACCCAAGCAUUAGCUACCAGAACCGUAAAUCACAAGGUGGAUAUUUUGAAUUGUAUUAUUAUAGUCAGAGCUCAGUAUAAGCUAGACCCAAUACCAGAUAAACCUCUAUUCAAGAUAUGCUUUUUUAAGUUUGGAAGGUCACUGGGUAGGGGAGCUUAUGAUAUCCUCUAUUUAAGAGACAUCCAUUAUAAGAGACUUUUU